UCAAACUACCCAUUUCACCCUUUGGAUAACAAAAACCGCCCAGAAAUAUACAAGCGAGGGAGGGAGGGUUGGGUGCAGUUGGCACUGCGCAAUGUGCUUAGACUGAACGGAAGCUACCACUUUUUACUCUCAACGGAGCCCCAUGGAUCCCUGCCCUUUCGUGCGCCUCACCGUUGGGAAUCUUGCCCUCAAGAUCCCGGUGGCGUCGAAGCCGGCUCGCUCCGUCGUUCAUCCGUCGUCGUCGCCGUGCUUUUGCAAAGUAAGGCUUAAGAACUUUCCGCUCCAAACCGCUGUCGUUCCGUUCAUCCCGCCGGAGAACCAGUUCCCGGACGGCCACGUUCAGACCAUAGCGGCCACGUUUCACUUGAGCAAGUCCGACAUCGAGAGGCUCGCCGGGAAGUACAUCUUUGCCGGGAAACUCUCCGUUAAGAUCUCGAUCUACACCGGCCGGCGAGGCACCACCUGCGGGGUCAGCUCCGGGAAGCUUAUCGGGAAGGUGUCGGUACCGUUGGAUCUGGCGGGAGCGGCGUCUAGGGCUUGCACUGUUUUCCACAACGGCUGGAUUUGCGUCGGGAAAGAAGCGAAGAGCUCUUCCGCGCAAUUCCACUUGAAUGUGAAGGCAGAGCCUGACCCGAGGUUCGUUUUCCAGUUCGACGGCGAGCCUGAGUGUAGUCCGCAAGUGUUUCAGAUCCAAGGCAACAUUCGGCAACCGGUUUUCACUUGCAAGUUCAGCUUCAGGAACACCGGUGACCGGGCCCAGAGAUCGAGAUCGAUGCAAUCGGAGUCGGGCAGUUCCCGGAGCUGGUUGAGCUCGUUUGGGAGCGAGCGAGAGCGACCGGGAAAGGAAAGAAAGGGAUGGUCAAUCACGGUUCAUGAUCUCUCCGGCUCACCGGUCGCCGCCGCGUCAAUGGUUACACCCUUCGUGGCUUCCCCCGGUUCAGACAGGGUGAGCCGGUCCAACCCCGGCUCGUGGCUCAUUCUCCGCCCGGGCGAGGGUACCUGGAAGCCCUGGGGCCGGCUCGAGGCGUGGCGCGAGCGUGGUGGAUCCGACGGCCUCGGCUACCGGUUCGAGCUGGUCGUCCCGGACACGGGCGCGGCCGGCAUCGUGUUAGCCGAAUCGACGAUUAGCUCCCACAAGGGCGGGAAGUUCCUCAUCGACUUGGGCUCCGGCUCGAACGGUCGAGCCACGCCGGGAUGCGGCAGUUCGCCGGGUUGCAGCCCGAGGAGCAGCGGAGACUACGGCUUUGGCUUAUGGCCGUACUGUGCGUACAGAGGGUUUGUGAUGUCGGCGCGCGUGGAUGGCGAUUGCAAGUCCCAAAGUAAGCCCAGCGUGGAGGUGAGCGUGCAGCACGUGACCUGCACGGAGGACGCUGCCGUUUUCGUGGCUUUAGCUGCUGCCGUUGAUCUCAGCUUGGACGCUUGCAGGCUUUUCUCUCAGCGCCUCAGGAAAGAGCUGUGCCAGCCACUUGAUUCGAUUGCUUAGCCGUUUUUUUUUUUUUGUAAUCUUUUUAGUUUUUAGUUUUUUUUUUUUUUCUUUAAAAUUGUGAGUGGGGUUUGCCGAUGGAUUUUGGAUUCCGUCGAUGGGAGUGAGAAGUCUUUUUUACUAACAGACAAUCUACAGACUGUACAGUUGGAGAGAGUGUAGACAGGGCACGCUUUGUUUUUACUUGUGUGGCUUGUUUAUCUUUUUUUCUUGUUCUUUUUCUUUGUAUUUUGGGUGAAAAAACAACAUGGAGUUGUUUUUC